UCGGGCUGAUCUAUCCCUUAACCUCCCGCUUAUGGCUCACCCCGUAUUUAAAGCUAUGGGAUAGAGGACCGUGCUCUUGCAUGAAUUUCCACAUCAGACCAUCAGCUACCUAUUUUAGGUCUGAUUAAUUUCCCCCUCAUAACUCCCCAAUGAGUUCAACGAGCCAGGGAGACGAAAGGCGUUAGCGUAAACCUUGCCAGCGUUAGGUAUAUACGGAGUAUGCUGCCAUCUUCUACGCUAGUCGAGAAGCCCACGGCGAACCCGGCGGACUCCGCAAUUACAUCAUUGCCCGAAGAGACAAAACAACCGGCCUCCCCGGCCUAUGAGAGAAAAACUCAACGUCCAGCCGUCUCAACCCUCUUAACGCACGGAAUGCUCGACCGAACCACGGCGCGACACAAUCAGAUAAUCACACCAAUCGCUCGGGGGGCCGAUGAAACUUUAAACAGCAAUGUCAUCCGAGGAACAGAGGCCAGACCCGGACGCUGAUGACCGGUACGAGGAGUCUCCGGAACCUCAGCCGGAGAGCGUCCCGGCACGGUCCGCCACAGCCGCCAGCCAUGCAUCGAAGAAGCCGGCGCCGAGGCAAACGCUUGCGAAUAGACUGGGCCUCGACGUGCCGACCGUCAUCAUGAUGUUCAAGGGCUCACUGCCGCCCAUCAUCGGCAUCGCCAUCUACCAGUCAACACCCGUCGCGCAGUAUUUCACCACGCUAGGCUACCUUGUGGCAAUCAUCUCGGUGCUCGCCUUUGCCAUCCUUCCGAGAGGGAAGUAUGUGCAGAAUCUUGUCCUCAAUGUUUUCGGAAUCCUCAUCGGCGCCGCCAUCUCCAUGCUGGCGCUGUGGUCCGGUGUUCAGGCGAGGCGCAACACAGCCUCGGCCGAGGAGUUGGCCUCUGGUUUACCGGUCUACAACUCGAGUCAAUCGGCGGUCUGUGGCGUCUGGCUCUUCUUCAACAUCUGGAUAUCCAACACGCUGCGAGCCAAGUACCCAGCGACGAACCUUCCCGUCAUGAUCUAUUCCAUCUUCAUGAAUGUCGCCUGCACGUUUGGCCCCCUGAUGGUGACGACCGCCUCGGCUGAGUCGUUCGUUAAACGUCUCCUAGUCGCCAUGCUCUCCGCCAUGGGUAUCGCCACAGGCGUAUCCCUUCUUGUCUUUCCUGUCUCAAGCCGACAGGUCGUGAGUGGCGAGUUCAAGGGGGCGAUUGGGCUCGUUCGCCAGUCGAUGCGACUGCAGUUGAAAUAUCUUCAGACGCUGUCGGGUCCCGACAUGCUGGAGCGGCACCAGACGAAGAGCAGCAACGUGUUCAAGAAGAACAAGAAUAAAGGUCCGGAGCUAACCAAUGAGGCCAAGGCGGCGGGCGAGCUCAAGGCCACGACCUUGGCAAUCGCAGCUCUCUUCGGGAAGAUGCACGGCGACAUCUUGUUCGCCAAGCGGGAUAUCGCCUACGGGAAGCUGGACUCCAAGGACAUUGGCGAAAUCUACAACCGUCUGCGGAGCAUCAUGAUUCCUCUGAACGGGAUUAGCACCAUCGUCGAUAUCUUCCGCCGCGCGUCCGAGGAACACGGAUGGGGUGCCGAUGCCGGCACGGGAGGCGACUCCGAGGUCGAGAGGAGCCGGGAGAAGAAGGUCUGGAACGACAUCAUGGAGCAGCUGUGCGAGCCGUUCGAGGUUCUCGUCGAAGCAAUGGACCAGGGGCUCGACCACGCCUCUAUCGUCCUCGAACUUGUGCCGAGGCCGAAGAAGACCAAGACCGCCGACGUCGAAAACGAAGCCGGGGCGAAGGCCAGCGCGAAGCCGGGAGACGCCGGCUUCUCAGAGCUGCUCGCCAAGAGGGUGCAGGACUUCAACGACAAGAAGGGUGUGAUGCUCAAGGCCUGGUUGCGAGAGAGACGGCAUGUGACGGAGCAGGAGCUCCAGGAUCUGAACCUGAAAAGGCUGGAGACGAGGAUGCGGGAGCGCGACCAGACCCAGCUUUAUGUGAUGCUGUACAUGGAGAAGCUGAUGCUUGCCCUCGGCGAGGCGGUGCAGGAUCUCGUCAUUUUCGCCGACUCCAAGGUUGCCGACGGCACAAUGGCCCGGAAGCGCCUCAUCAUCCCCUCGCAGAAACGACUCAAGAAGUGGUUCAAGGGCAUCGGCAGCACCGAAGACGCGUCGCCGGAACAGACACCCGACAUCGCCGAGAUGGGAGCCAACGUCGUGUACGCAGGCGACGGGUACAACAAGAAGAAAGACCCCGAGCAUCUCCCGGCCCGCACCGCGUGGGAGCGCGUCGGCAAUUACUUGAGGCGGUUUUCGGGCUUCGUGGGAUCGGGUGAGUCGUUGUUCGGUUUCCGCGUGAGUGUCGCCACCAUGACGAUCGGCAUCACGGCUUUCCUCCGAAGCACGCAGACAUUCUUCAACGAACAGCGGCUGGUCUGGGCGAUGAUCAUGAUCGCCAUCGGGAUGACCAUCACGGCGGGCCAGUCCAUCUUCGGCUUCGUGUGUCGUGUCGGCGGAACAUGCGUGGCCGUCAUCUUCUCUUACAUCAUAUGGUACAUCGUCGUCGGGCGCACUGCCGGCGUCAUCGUCUUCCUCUGGCUCUUCAUUUUCGUGGAACAGUACUUUGUUCUGAAGUACCCUCGCUUCAUGCCCGUCUGGCUCAUCACCAUCAUCACUCAGGUCCUCAUCGUCGGCUAUGAGCUGCAGGUCCAGAAGAUCGGUGAAGCGGCGGCCUCCGCGACCGGACAACCGUACUAUCCCACCUACCUCCUAGCACCCUACCGUCUUGCCUGCGUAGCCGCUGGCUGCGCCGUCGCUUUUUUCUGGACCAUCUUCCCCGCGCCUAUGACGGACCGGAGAUGGCUCCGACGCGACCUAAGCGCCUCGCUGUACCUUCUUGCCAACUACUUCAGCGUGGUAACCGAAACGAUCAAGGCCAAGAUGGAAGAUACCCACGGCGACAUCAAGAAACCCGGCACGCCCGCCCACAAAAUGGAGAAGGAGAGACGCCGGAUCUUGGGCAAGCUUCUGUUGCUGCUCCCUAGUCUGGACAGCCACGCUCAAUGGCAGAAAUGGGAACCAGAUAUCGGUGGCAAGUUCCCGCGGGCAACCUACGAAGACAUCAUCAGACGCUCGACCAGUAUCAUGCGAUACCUCACGCUUAUUGCCUACACCAUCACGUGGAAGCCUCGUGACCAACCUUCGAGCCCUUCGUCGGAGAGCGACCGACAGUGGAUUCGUGCGUUGAAUCAGGUCAUUGCCAGCAUCGAGCCAACGCAACAUACCAUUCUGUCCACCCUCACCCUCUUGUCCAACUCCCUGCUUUCUGGCCAGUCUCUUCCGCCAUUCAUGCACCUCCCGCGCCCCAACGAGCUCACCCGGAAAUUGCUGCACCUCCGCGGGCCGACACCGGAUCAAGCCGUUCAACGGCGGGGCAGCGAACUCGAGCACAGACUGGUCACCGUACACACCAGGACCGGGGCCGAGGUUCGGCCGUCGGGGCGGAAACCCAGCGUCGUCGAGUCCUCAGAAAGCGGCACUUCGCUCGCGGCGGACACGUCCGAGCUGGCGGAGAUGAUGAGCUCGCUCGGAAGCGGAAGCAUCCUGGACGUGAGAAAUGUGGAACAGCAAGGAUACACCGAGUUUGCCGUGUUGCAGGUCUGCAGCUCGCUCGUGUGUGAUGACUUGGAAGGCUUAGUGCGCUCCAUUAGUAGCUUGGUCGGUGUUGUGGACUUCAGCUUCAGGAUUAAUCCAAGCGAGAACACGCUGACGAGUAGCGAAGAAGACGAUGUGGGAGACAAAGGCAAAAGAGAUUGAUACCCAGAGAGAGCACAGCCUUUGUAGACGGAACAAUGCACGAGUCUAAUGGAUGAAUACUGAUUGGGAGCUGCUACUCAACGGGACAUAAUGGUUAUUCGAGUAAAAAGCCUAGAUAAUGAGCAAAAUGCCAGGGCCGCGCUACACUGAAGCCGGCCCUGAUGACUGAGACUUGAUCAUGACCUUCAAACAAAGCGGUUUGCUAUGUUUAUUCCUGUCGUCCGAUUAAGAUAAUAGCACCGCAGACUUUUACAUUCACUCCAAGGCAUUGUCGUAUACUAGCUGAAAGGGCGAAAAGAAUUCUUAGGACUAGACUCCUGUUAUAACAACUAAGCAACUAACUAACUCAGAUACUUCACAGAG